AUGAUAAUACAUGAAGAAGACGACCUCCUAAAUUCAAAGGAUCCUCCCGUCACAACUUCCGCCCUUCGUUAUCCAGAGCGCGCGGCAGGCCGUCGUCCAUUCAGUCCUCUACCUGACUAUGAAACCUCUCAGGCCUUGGCCUUCAAUCAUCUCAACAACGACUCCUUGGUCACCUUUUACAAAUGUCCUCCAAAGCGGCGCUUUGUCGACUCCAGGUCCUGGAGAGCUGGCAUAGCCGCUUUGGGCAUGUAUAUUAUCCUUUCAAUCGUCAUUGGCAUACCUCUCAUCGUUAAGACCUCCCAGGAAAACAGUAAAACAUUCUCCUACACCUCUAACUAUGUUGUUCCUUGGCUAGAGAAGAUCACUACAACACACUACGUCACAAAUAUCAACAACCUCUCAACCUCCCUUGCAAAUGGAAGUUGCAACGGAUGGGCAACUAUCGGAAAACUCGACGAUACGCAACAUUCUACGGUUGGACAGCUUCUAAAUACCGUAUCACCUGACGGCCGAUUCAGCAUCACAUCGAAUGCAUCGUACCCGAGUAGCAUGAAUAUUGUCCUGGGUGAUCUGUUUGUCGGCAUAAACCCCAAUACCUCCGUGACCGAUACAACCAUAUCGGUCCAGAUGCAAGCAUCCAACGAUGACCUCUUCGACCAGACACAGGUUUGCUUUGCAUUGUCAAACAACGCCACCGGCCUCGCUAUCUAUAUACCAGAUAACAUGUCCUUCAACGAUCAACUACUCUUUAACAUCACACUGCUGUACCCACAAACAUCUAUAACUGCCCAAGUCGACUCUUUUGCUACCUACCUACCUUUCUUCACCCAAACGUUUGCCGAUUUUGGCGGCUAUGUCAAUUUCGAGAAGGUUUCUAUAGAAGGCCCUGUUUCCAGAAUUUUUGUCGGUUCUAUCGAAGCCGGCCAAAUACUAGUUGAAACAUCUUUAGAGCCAAUUUUUGGUCAGUUCGCAGCUUCACGUUCCCUUACUGUGAGCACGAUACAGGCACCUAUCAAUGUUAACGCCUCCCUCUUCAAUGAUCCAGAUUCGAAUUUCCCAACAUAUCUUGAAGUCAACACUGGCAAUAGCAACCUGACGGCCAACGUCACGCUGAACGCACCCAACAGAAGUCCUCCCCAGCGUCCGAACUUCAUUGCAAAUAUGCGUACUUUUUAUGGCCAAGCUACAGCGAGCUUCGUACACGAUCCGACAUCACCGCCAACGGCUAUAAAGUUGCGCCUGGAGAAUGACCUUGGUCCAGUCGAUGCCACGUUUGAUCAGUACUUUGAGGGCCUUUUUCAGGCCAGCGCGAAAUUAGGCACUGUAUCAGUGAUUCAGGGUACUGCCUCUUCUUUGGAUCCAUUCGAUGCGACUUUGGCCCGCAGCUUCUUACUGAAUUAUGUUUCUGACACACGGACAUAUGGUUGGAUAGGCUGGGGACUAGAUUCAGGGGGCUUUGUGGAGGAACAAAUUGGUGAAGUGGUCGUGGAGACCUCGAUCGCAAAUUGCACUUUGUUUUUUGAUGGUUGAGGUCCGCACCGCUUUUCAUUCUCUUUUAAGGCUCACUUGGGUUUUGUGGUUCGCAUACGCACAGACUAUUCAUCGAUGUACAGACUACCACACAUUCAUCGCUCGUUGGAGAUGCUGUGAUCUUUUUGCACUUCAGUGUACUAUCAUUUUACUUAUCAUACCUAGCAACGUACAUAAUAGAAGCAGCAA